CCGGGACUCCGCGCGAGCGCUUCGGCUUCUUCAGCACUUUCCCGGGACGCGGAUUCUCAUCGGGCUGCUGUUUUCUUUUUUUUUUUGUCUUGUCCCGUUGCUCUCCACUUUUGCUUUCUUAUCACUUUCACUUUUUUUCUUUUCUUUUCUUUCUUUCUUUCUUUCUUUCUUUCUUUCUUUCUUUCUUUCUUUCUUUCUUUCUUUCCUUCCUUCCUUCCUUCCUUCCUUCCUUCCUUCUUUCUUUUUCUUUCCUUCUUUCUUUUUUUCCUUUCCUUUCCUUUCCUUUCCUUUCCUUUCUUUUCUUUUCUUUUCUUUUCUUUUCUUUCCUUCUUUCCUUUCCUUCUUUCUUUCCUUUCCUUUCCUUUCCUUUCCUUUCCUUUCUUUUCUUUUCUCUCCUUUUCUUUUCUUUUCUUUCCUUCCUCCUUCCCACCCUCGUCCUGGCUGCCUGCUGGUUGCUCAAGAGGCCGGGAUGGGGGGCCGCCCAAGGGGUCUUCAGCCCCUGCCUCCCAACUCAAGGCAACAAGCGCUCUUCCUCCCCCAGCAACGCUCAAGAGAUGCAGAUCAAACAGGACCCAGCUGAGACCAGGGCCCUUCACAUCCCACCGGAGCCUGGCGAGAAUUUGCGUCGUCUUCGGGGACGGAAACUCUUGCUGGGCGAAGAGAAGAACCUGGCAGGAUGGUCGUUGCUGAUGGGCAUGUCGGGCAUCUUUCUGAUGGUGCUGCACACAGAGCUGGCCUGGUUUGGCCACUGCGAGUGGUUCGCUUACGCCUUCAUGACCAAGUGCCUCAUCACCCUCUCUACCGUGGGAUUAAUCAUCCUGGUCUUGGCCUUUCACAUCAAAGAGAUCCAGCUCUUCAUGCUGGAUAAUGCCCUCACUGAUUGGCGAAUUGCAGUCAGCACUCCGAAACUGGCUCUCAUCAUCCUCGAGUUUUUAGUCUGCUCCCUUCACCCUUUCCCGGUGGGAGAUUUCUUUUGCCUGGAUCCCCAGCCGAAUCAGAACUUCGUCUUCCUCUCAGAUGUUGACAUGUUGCUCUCCCUGGUGAUGUUCCUCCGCCUCUACCUGGUGCCUCGAGCUGUGCUGCUGAGGAGUAGCGUGCUGGGAGAUGCCUCUUACCGCAGCAUCGGGUCCCUCAACAAGAUCCACUUCCAGUACCCUUUCGUGUUACGGGUGAUGGUCAACAGCCAGCCGGGCCGUGUGCUGCUGAUCUUUACAAUGGGACUCUGGAUCAUUGCUUUUUGGAUACUGUCCGUCUGUGAACGGCAGUAUAUGGAUGAGAAUGAAUACCUGGGUGGAACAUUCUGGUUGAUUCCCAUCACUUUUCUGACCAUUGGCUACGGAGAUGUGGUGCCCGAAACAGUCUGCGGGAAAGUCGUGUGCUUGUUCACUGGUGUUAUGGGAGUGGGGUGCACAGCUCUCCUUGUGGCAGUGGCUGCCGAUAAACUGGAAUUCACCAGAGCCGAGAAACACGUUCAUAAUUUCAUGAUGGAUAUCCAGUGUGCCAAAGAGAUGAAAUGCUCAGCUGCCAAUGUACUACAAGAAGCCUGGUUAUUGCACAAGCACACCAAGAGGAAGGAUGGGCUAAGAACACGCAAACACCAUCGGCGGCUGCUGGCAGCCAUUCACAUGUUUCGCCAUGUGAGAAUGAAACACCGCAAGAUCCGAGAUCAAGUGAAUACCAUGGUGGAUAUUUCUAAGAUGCAAAUGAUCAUGUGCGACCUCAGAUCCAGCCUUAGUAUCUCUCACCAGGAGCUGGAAAAACAGAUCAUGUCCCUUGAGGGGAAACUGGAUGAGAUGACCAGAUUGCUUUCUGCCCUUGUGCAGUCCAAGCAACAGGAGGAACAGCAGGUGCAUUGAUGGUCAAGGACUGCCAGGUGGCCACCAAGAGGAUUUUGAGCUCUCAUUUUCUCACUCCUGGCUCAAGAUAUGAACUUUUAGAACACCGACUGCCUUUUUUUUUUUUAAUGGAUUCCGUAAGCCAAAGCAGUACACGGAGAAGAAAAUAACUGUCACUAUAGCGCCAUCUCGUGGUACCUUCAAGACACGACGAGCCUUAUAACUUUCUUUAGAAUGGCCGGCCGGCCACAAGGCUAGUAUAAAAACCUGGUUUGCAGUUGAGGAAACUUAUUGUGUCGGUAAAUGUAUCUGCAGAGACAUGUGCCUUGGCCGGGGAGGUGGGUUGGGAGGUUUUCUUCUGGAUGGAAACCAUAUCCUGGUAUCCUCUCGUUGCUGAAGAUAAAAAACGAACCGUGGGAGGAAAGGGAUGGAAACCACUUACGGGAUAGGAAAACAGCCAGAAACGUACUUGAAACGGAAGAGAAAAAAAAAAUCUCAGCGCUGUGGAAUGCAAAGGUUCUGCCUUUGGUCUUGGGCAGAAACCUUUCCAGACGUAGCAGGAAUCAGAUCUGCAGGAAGCAGUUGGCCAGCUACUGCCCAGAACUUCUCAAGGACGGAAGACGUCAUUCCGUUUAAUUUUGACAGCUUGCCACCCGGUUUUGGUGACUUGAGCUUGAGCGACAAGCCGCCCUACAGGGCCGGGACGCUUGCCCUGAUCACAGGGAGAGGGUUUCGUUUGUAUUUUUAUUAUUAUCUGUGUGAAAUUCUCGACGCUACUUAAGAAAUCAUACGACUUGAUCGGAUUGAGUUCCGAUCGCGCAUUUGGUGCAAGGAUCUAAAUUAAAGCAUCUCCAACA